UUGAGAAACGGCUACAGAAACGCACCAGUUGCGAGGGAAUUUAAGCAGGUUUGUCCAUGAGGAAAAGUUGGAGUGACUGUAAUUGUAAGCAACAAUGUCUUCAGUUGAGUAUUUGAGAGGGUUUGUCAGCGAGAGACUAACUGCUGCUGCUGAAGAAAUAUUGGGAGUUUUUGAGAAAACUAUCGUCGAGUACGAGAAAGAGAUCGACCGUCAGCGCAGACUGUUGGAUAUAGCUUGGAAACCGGAAGUAAGGUUAUACAGGACAGAGCUCCCACAGCAAGAUGUGUGUAAGGAGGAGGAGGUUGUCGCUGAGCAGCAGCUCUGUAUUGAGGAGAGGAAGUCCAGUGUGGACCAAGAGGAGCCAGAGCCUCCACAGAUUAAAGAGGAAGAGGAGGAAGUGUGCAGCAGUCAGGAGGGAGAGCAGCUUGAAGUGAAGCAGGAGACUGAGACCUUUCUAGUGACUCCUAGUGAUGAGGAAAGUGAGCAGCAGCUCCUCUGUCACAGCUCUCAUGGAGCUGAGAGUGAAGAUGAGGAAGGAGACGAGCAAGGAGACUCAACAUCAAGUGGAGAAGCAGAGACAGAACAACAGAAUAGACGUCACAAGCGCAGAAGUCACACUAACUGUGUAGACAACCCCAACUUAUCAGAGACUGAUCAUAAUACUCACACAGAGCUCCCACAGCAAGAUGUGUGUAAGGAGGAGGAGGUUGUCGCUGAGCAGCAGCUCUGUAUUGAGGAGAGGAAGUCCAGUGUGGACCAAGAGGAGCCAGAGCCUCCACAGAUUAAAGAGGAAGAGGAGGAAGUGUGCAGCAGUCAGGAGGGAGAGCAGCUUGAAGUGAAGCAGGAGACUGAGACCUUUCUAGUGACUCCUAGUGAUGAGGAAAGUGAGCAGCAGCUCCUCUGUCACAGCUCUCAUGGAGCUGAGAGUGAAGAUGAGGAAGGAGACGAGCAAGGAGACUCAACAUCAAGUGGAGAAGCAGAGACAGAACAACAGAAUAGACGUCAGAAGCGCAGAAGUCACACUAAGCGUGUAGACAACCCCAACUUAUCAGAGAUUGAUCAUAAUACUCACACAGGUAAAACACCUUUUAAAUGUGACACUUGUGGGAAAGCUUUCAAGUUUCAGUCUCGUUUCAAUUUACACCUGAGAAUCCACACAGGAGAGAAGCCGUAUUGUUGUAACACAUGUGGGAAAACAUUCAGUCAUAUGUCAGCUCUAAACGUUCAUAAAAGAAUCCACACAGGUGAGAAGCCGUUUAAAUGUGACACUUGUGGGAAAAGUUUCAACUUUAAGUCUCGUUUAGAUGCACACCUGAUAAUCCACACAAGAGAGAAGCCGUAUUGUUGCAAAACAUGCGGGAAAACAUUCAAGUAUAUGUCAAGUCUGGACGUUCAUAAAAGGAUCCACACAGGUGAGAAGCCGUAUUGUUGCAAAACAUGUGGAAAAGAUUUCCGAUAUAAGAGUUACUUAAUUUGCCACAUGAAAUUCCACACAGGAGAGACGCCAUUUCAGUGCGACACAUGUGGGAAAGCUUUCAUGCUUAGAACUGACUUGAAACAACACCUGACAUACCACACAGGAGAGAAGCCGUUUAAAUGUGACACUUGUGGGAAAAGUUUCAAGUCUAAGUCUGCAUUUAAUAAACACCUGAGAAUCCACACAGGACAGAAGCCGUAUUGUUGUAACACAUGUGGGAAAACAUUCAGUCGAAUGUCAACUCUGAACGUUCAUAAAAGAGUCCACACAGGUGAGAAGCCGUAUUGUUGCAACACAUGUGGAAAAGAUUUUCGAUAUAAGAAUCAGUUGAUUUGCCACAUGACAACCCACACAGGUGAGAAGCCGUAUUGUUGCAAAACAUGUGGGAAAACAUUCAGUCAUAUGUCAGCUCUAAACAUUCAUAAAAGAAUCCACACAGGUGAGAAGCCGUAUUGUUGCAACACCUGUGGGAAAACAUUCAGUCAUAUGUCAACUCUAAACGUUCAUAAAAGAGUCCACACAGGUGAGAAGCCGUAUUGUUGCAAAACAUGUGGAAAAGAUUUCCGAUAUCAGAAUCAGUUGAUUUGCCACAUGAGAACCCACACAGGAGAGAAGCCGUUUCAGUGCGACACAUGUGGGAAAGCUUUCAGGCUUAGAACUGUCUUGAAAGAACACCUGACAACCCACACAAGUGAGAAGCCAUAUUCUUGCAGCACAUGUGGGAAAAGAUUCUCUUGGGCAACAAAUCUGAAAGCUCAUGCAAGAAUCCACACAGGUGAGAAGCCGUAUUCUUGCAAGACAUGCGGAAAAAACUUCAGGUGUAGUAAUCAUGUAUUAGUCCACAUGAGAGUCCACACAGGUGAGAAGCCGUAUUCUUGCAAAACCUGUGGAAAAGGUUUUGGACAGAGCAGUACCUUGUUAAUCCACAUUAGAAGAGCCCACACCGGUGAGAAGCCGUACCUUUGCAAGAUCUGCGGGAAAAGAUACUUUAAGGGGUCCCAUUUAACAAGGCACAUGAAUUCACAUACAGGCAAGUAGCCUUGUAUUUCAGAAAACAUAUAGGAGACAAUUCAAUUCUCAUGGCUCAUGGUUUAAAUUCACAGGAACUCAGAGAAGUGAGGAGCCACAGAAUAAUACCACGUUGAAAAACACACUUAAAACACCUCCUAACACGUCUUGCCAACUUGGGUCUUGUCUUUGUUUUGUGUGUGUGAUCUUUAAUUUGUUUUUUGUUUUUUUGGUAUUUUGUAAAUGCAUCAAUGCCACAGCUGACUACAAACUAAACUGUAGAUGAUGUACUCCAUGGUGCUGUCAACAGAUCAGCUUAUAAAGUAGUAAUGAAAAGUGAAUGAAUAUUAAUGAUCUGUGCCCAAAGACAUGUGUUCUCUUUUUUUAAC